GAACGCGUUGUCGUCGCGAUUUCUCUUUAGUUUUCCGCGCGCUUUCAUCGACUUUACAGAGUUGAUACUUAAAAAAAUUAACUCAUCAAGAAAAUCAUAUUGAAAUAAAAGAAUAUUUAUUCAGUAGUGAAAAAAAAACUUGGAUUAUGCUGAAAACGAAUAACAAUUGAAGUACUGAAAAAAUUAAGGGUUUAAGUUGGUGUAAAAACAAUUAGAAAUGAUGAUGGCCAGUGCGAAGUUGGUGCGGGAGUGCAGCUCGGACCUGAGCUCCGACGUGCGCUCGCUGUCCAUGUCGUCUACGGAGGAGCAGGACUCCACCACCACGGAGUCCGAGUUUUCUGAGGAGGAGAAGGAGUAUGAGCUGGAUGACCUACAAAUCCUUAAAACCAUAGGCACGGGUACAUUCGGACGGGUCUGCUUGUGUCGCGACAAGGCCGCAGACGAGUACUUGGCUAUGAAAAUCCUGUCCAUGGCAGACGUCAUUCGCUUGAAGCAAGUGGACCAUGUCAUGAACGAGAAGAAUAUCCUUGCGGAGAUCAACCACCCAUUCAUAGUAAAUUUACGGUGGUGGACGCACGAUGACUCUUGUAUUUACAUGCUGUUCGACUACGUUUCUGGUGGAGAGCUGUUCACAUAUCUGAGGAGUGCAGGACGCUUUAGCAAUACUACUGGUAAUUUUUAUGCCGCGGAGAUAGUAUCAGCUUUGGAGUAUCUUCACGCGCGGAACAUCGUGUACCGGGACCUGAAGCCCGAGAAUCUGCUGCUAGCGAAGGACGGGCAUCUCAAAAUCACGGACUUCGGGUUCGCGAAGAAGCUUACGGACCGGACGUGGACGCUCUGCGGCACUCCGGAAUAUUUGGCGCCCGAAAUCAUACAGAGCAAAGGGCAUAAUAAGGCUGUGGACUGGUGGGCUUUAGGCGUACUCAUUUACGAGAUGCUCGUUGGCUAUCCGCCGUUCUACGAUGAGAAUCCCUUCGGCAUCUACGAGAAAAUCCUCAACGGACGGGUGGAGUGGCCGCGGCACCUCGACCCCGUUGCGAAGGACAUUAUUAAGAAACUACUAGUACAAGACAGAACUAAGAGACUUGGAAAUAUGAAGUGCGGUUCAGAAGACGUAAAAAGACACAGAUGGUUCAAGAAUAUCGAUUGGGCAGAUGUGUUCAUGAAGAAAAUGCAGCCUCCCAUCAUGCCGACGGUGUCGUACGAGGGCGACACGUCCAACUUUGACGAGUACACCGAGACGGACUGGAAGGCGGCGCGCGCGCUGGACCCCGACGAGCUGAAGCUCUUCGCCAACUUCUGAUCUCCUGCGCAUCAGCAAUCCAAUGGAAACGUAUAGAAUCCUUGUAGGUCUGGCUACCAUGCAUAGGUAUAUUAAGCUGAUAGUUCCAAGCGGAAAUUGUAGAUUUUUGUUUCCUAAUAGUUUGUAGGUAUUAUUUAAGAGCUUAUAAAAGUAUUUACUGAAGUCAUAUGCAGGUAUGAUAUUUAUUUAAUAAUCUCACAAAACGUAUUUCGUGGCGGUUCAUUAUUUUAGAACAAUAACUCUAAAGAACUACGGCUCUGCAAUACCUCUAUACAUAUGUAGUAUAAUCUCAUAAGAAAGUAAAUUGUAUAAAAUCGUAUUUUGUAGUUCGUAUAAUUUUUUGGCGAAAGAUGAAACGAACUACACUUACUUUAUGGUGAUGUAUUGGUGUAAACUAUUUUCAU